AUGCAGGCCACUGCAGUAGUAGAAACAGACUCUGAUAAAAGCUACCACAAAGAUGGAAGAAAUCUCCAGAAAGAUAAACUUUGUAAUACUAAGAAAGAAAAUGUGUUAUUUUCCAAUGGUUGCAAUGAAGUCAAAUUGGCUUUUCCUGAUGGUGAAUGGGACUCCUUGACAGUAGAACAAAAAGCCAGUCACAAAGAAAUCAGCGGUAUUGACAAGAUAGAUUUGUCAGAACCAUCUUUUUCAGUAAAUCAAGAUACAAAUGUAGAGACUAUUCUCUCUCAGUCAAGUGAGUUUGAAGACAGCCUUGACGAUGCCUUUCUGAAUGAGACGUACUCCAUACAUUAUUCAGAAUCAAAACUCAAGAAUGAAAAUCUUCCGCAUUUACAUUCAGAGUUACGUCCCGAAGAGCACAAAAGAGUGGAGAUGUUUUUGGAUACUUUAGGACCUCAAAAUAAUAAUAGUAUUGGACUGGAAAGGAGCCACGAGCUUUCAGGUGCUGACCGUGGAGACCUGCAGAAGAGUGAUGGGGACGACGAUUCCCAGCAGUACCACAGUGCAGAGCAGGAGAGCAUAAGCACUCACUUGCCCUCUGACCCAGCCAGAGCAGCAGGCAGGUCUAAUCUGGAGGUCAGUGAGGCAGAAACAUCAAGCUGUGCCCUUAAGUGUGGUGAUGAUUUAGAAGAUAAUCAUGCGAAAUUAGAGAGUGAUUCUAGUCCCUCUUUGGUGUCAUUUAGUGUUUUUGCACAAGAAUGUUCUCCUCAAGUCUCCAAAUCUCAGAGUUCUGAUAUGUUAAAAGAAUAUCAUGAACCAAAAUAUGAAAAAUGUAAGGAGCAAGAGAUUGAUUUAACAUACCAUAAAGCAUUUGAUGACAUUUUACAUAGAAGCAGUUCUCCAUUAAACCCGCAAAAAGUACCUCAAACUAAAAUGUAUACUAAAGAAAUGAAUUCUCAGACAACUGAAAGUAAAGAUUUUUGUGGAAACAGAAUUUUCAAGAACAAAGCAUUACAGCAUCGUGAGAACCCUACCACAUUUCCCCAAGGCCAAGCCCUUGAAACACAGCUACAGGCUAAUAAUGAUUGCCAGACUUCCGGGACUUCUAUGUUUGAUGACUCAGUCAUUUCUCUCUAUGGCUCUUUGCAAUAUAAAAGCCUCCCUGAGCCAGGCUUUUUUUCUCCUGUGUUACCAAGGGUGGCAGUCACAGAUAAUCAGGCAGAAUUAGAAGGCAGCUGCCUGCACCAUCUAAAAGGCAGUUUCACAGAUAAAGCAUGCUCUCUUGAUGUGAAGGAAAUAUGUCUUAAGUCACCACCAGACGCAACAAGCUGUGUGCUCUCGGCUCAGCGGACACUGGAUGUGAGCCACAAGGCAAACGCAAGGUCUUCCAUAGUGUCUCCAUCCAGCAGCACAGAGGUGGAGAUGGUAAAAACAGCGCAGCCUGAGGAGUGGCAAAGUGAGAAACAAAGUGUGGCUUGUAAUACAGACUGGUCUUACUGGUCUUGUGGACAGGCACGCACAGACGCUUGGAUGGCUGCGUCAAGAGAAUCGGAAAGGUCACUCUCAGUUGACUGCCUGAAGCCUAAUAGGAAUUCUCUGAAUGAGAGUUCCUUGGAAUUAAGAAAAACAUCGGGUACUACAGACAGAAAGAAACAUCCUGAGAGGGCAUUUCAGCUUUGUGAAGAGAUUAACUCAUCAUCAAAGUGCUGUGAGAAAACCACUGAGAGGGCCAUGAAGGCAGAGAUGCACCUUUUGGAUAUUUGCUAUCAGAUGUGCCAUCAACACUGUUGUCACAUUUACAAACUUGUAAUGGAAAACAGAACAGGAACCAAUAGGAAUUCACCAGGUGAUUCUGCUAAGAAGGAAUUAGGGUCAGCACUGCUGUCUGUUCUGAAAGACUUGAAAGUGAGGUACAUGAACUUGAAAGAGAAAGUUCACAAGGGCAUCCCGCUGGAAGAGCUGCCUCCACUGUCGAUGGAGUCCAAACUGUUAUCUGCCUUCUCCGAUUUUGCUUCCAGGCUAAUGAAAGAAGAAGGAUACAGCCUUUCAGGAGCAAAUUCUGAGCUGGUUAAUCAAAGUGUACCUGAUGUUAAUAUUUCUCCAAGCCUACAAAAGACCUUACCCCAGAUGUCUUAUGUAUCUGUCAAUAGUCAUCUUAAGCAAGACAAAUCUCCCAUGAAUGCUGUCUUUAAAAAUGGUGAUAUAAACAUAGACUUUACCCAGCUGAAACUUGAUGACAAAGAGUACAAAAAUGUCCGUGAAGUAAGUGAAGACUGGUUUGAUGCGACAGAGAGGCUGACUGGAGCUGACUUCUCCGGGACUCAAGAAAACAUAACAGAAAAUGAUGAAUGGGAUCCAAAGAGUCCAUUAGAAAUGAAGAAUGUUGAAUUGCUUCGAAGAGGAAAAGGCUUUUUGAUACAUGUUGGUGGUCUUUGCCCUUCUGUAUCUGAGGCUGAUUUAAGGUCUCAUUUCCAGAAAUACCAAGUUUCUGAAAUUUCAAUUUAUGAUUCUCCUACUAAUGACAGAUAUGCAUCACUUGCUUUUGCAAAAAAUGGUAAUGCAAAGAUGGCUGUGAAGGAAAUGAACGGUAUAGAAAUCAAUGGGAAAUCGGUGAACGUGCGACUGGUGAAAAUCCCUGGAGAACACACACCACCACCACUUUUGUCCAAAACUGGGAGCAACAUUAGUGUGAAUCAUUUGGAGAAAAAUACUAACAAAGACGGCACCUCUGCCUGUUCCACUUGUAAACUGCCGAGAGCUAGGCCAAGGCAUCUGGAGUCUGAACAAGACAGUGAGUUACCUCCCUUGGAGCAGGGUGUCAAGAAAAAUUUUAACAAGAUUGAAUCUGGUCAUUUAUCACCUGAGACACCUUUUCAGUUUAUGCCUCCAAAUACGUUGAACCUUCGUAGCUUCACCAAGAUCAUGAAAAGACUGGCUGAACUGCAUCCAGACAUCAGCAGAGACCACAUUAUAGAGGCGCUUCAGGAAGUGAGGAUAAAUCAUAAGGGUUUUCUGAAUGGUUUGUCCAUCAAUACUAUUGUAAAAAUGACUUCGUCGUUUCUGAAAAGCUCUGCUUCCCGCUUAAGUAAGCACAGAAGCAAUACAGAGAGAAUAUGAGUACCCUUCAUCAGAGAGUGUUCUACAGCACUUAGGGGAAGUUGUGGUAAUCCAGUCAAACAGCCUCUAUAAUUGGACCCAACACUUCAGAUAGUCUAUUUCAUAAUUCUCCUUUAAAAUCUGGCAACACAUGGAUCAGUAGUAUUGAAACCUGUAUCUUUUAAUUACAUUUAUAAACUUUAUAUCAAAAUUAUUACUAAAGA